CGAAAAAUAGAUCAAAAAUCCCAUCUAGAAAAAAAACUAAAUUAGAUACAAAAAUAAUUUGUGUGAAAUGAUUUCAGGGUCAGCUUCUCACAUUUUCUCUAAUUAUCAUCAAUCACAGAUGUGUAAUCCUGCUGCAGCAGCAUCCACUACCAGCCAGAACGACGUCGUUUCACCUUCUUUUGAAGCAAUUAGUUCAGGUUCUUCAGAAUUAUCACAUUCAGAUUCUUUAAUAUAUAAUCUUUCUGCCCUGAAAAAUAAGGUUAAUGAAUUCCAAUCUUUACUCAAUAUCCUUAUCUCUCAAGAUCAUAAUCAGAAUCAAAAUAUUAGUCCAUCAUCAACUUCUAUAGCUAUAGCUAAUAUGGGCAUAACUAUUCAAGAAAUCAUUGUUUUUGCAUCUUCAAUGAUGUUCUCUUGCCAGCAGAUGUCAAUUGGUUCCACUAAUAAUUCAUGUAACAAUGAGUUAUUACUUGAACCACACGCUAGGGCUACACAUCAAGAAAAUCUGUUAUUACUUCAACCCCACGCUAGGGCUACACAUCAAGAAAAUGUGCUAUUACUUCAACCAAAUUGUCAAGAUCAUCAAAGACGGCAGAGUUUCUAUUGGUACGACGAUAAUCAUUACAACAGUAAUCAUAAUAAUGUCGACAUCGAAGCAAAUGGGGGCGGCAGCGACGCCCCUGCCUCAGGUAUGCAAAUUAGUAAUAAGGUUGAAAGAAAAAAAUUAAAACAAUCGAGUAAAGAUAAUGAUUUUGAAAUAAUCGAGGUGGAUGCUGAAAUUUUAUUAGCGAAAUAUACUCAUUAUUGUCGAAUUUGCGGAAAAGGGUUCAAACGAGAUGCAAAUUUAAGAAUGCAUAUGAGAGCUCACGGUGAAGAGUAUAAGAGUAAUGCUGCUUUAACUAAUCCAUUGAAAAUUUCUGGUAAUAUAAAUAAUAAUUUUGGAGAAUCAAAUAUUAGAAAAUAUUCAUGUCCAGAAGAGGGGUGUAGAUGGAAUAAAAACCAUGUAAAAUUUCAGCCUUUAAAAUCAAUGAUUUGUGUGAAAAAUCAUUACAAGAGAAGCCAUUGUCCUAAAAUGUAUGUUUGUAAGAGAUGUAACAGGAAACAAUUUUCUGUGUUGUCUGAUCUUAGAACUCAUGAAAAACAUUGUGGAAAUGUGAAGUGGAAGUGUUCUUGUGGGACUGUAUUUUCUAGAAAAGAUAAGCUUAUGGGUCAUGUUGGUUUAUUUGUUGGACAUACUCCUAAUAUUGUUACUUCAUUUCCAAAAGUUGAGGAUCAGCAAAUAAUGCAAGUUGACAAUAGGUAAAUAUCAUGUAACCCUAAUUGUAUUUAUGAAUUAAAAGAUGGUUUUAUUUGCUUCUA